CGCGCCGCAUUGUGACGCAGAGUCAGCUGACUGCAGAGGAAGCCUCCAUCCUUCUCACGACCUUCAUCGUUUCGCCGUUUUUCUGCGGUUCUGUCCCCGGUUCUGUCCCCGGUUCCGUCCCCGGCAUGGCGAGUCAGUCUCAGGGCAUCCAGCAGCUGCUGCAGGCCGAGAAGAGAGCGGCGGAGAAGGUGACAGAGGCCCGGAAACGGAAGAACCGGCGCCUGAAGCAGGCCAAGGAGGAGGCCCAGGCCGAGAUCGAGCAGUACCGGCUGCAGCGCGAGAAGGAGUUCAAGACCAAGGAGGCAGCGGCCCUCGGUUCCCACGGUAACAGCGCCGUGGAGGUGGACCGCGACACCGCGGAGAGGAUGGCUCGCAUCCAGGACAGUUACCGUGGUAACCGGGAGACGGUGCUGAACGAGCUGCUGCGGCGGAUCUGCGACAUCCAGCCGGAGUUUCACGUCAACUACCGCGUGGCCGGCUGAGGGGGCGGAGCUUCCGGCUGCCUUGAGGGGAGGGGCUUAGUUUUGCUGUUCCUGUGAUGUUUACAAAGUGUUUAUAUUUCAAAAUAAAGUUUGUUUCUUCUGGAAUUUGACAAAAUAAAAGUCUGGCAAUCCAGCCAAUCAUGUGACAGCAUCACCUGAUAUGAACACCUGAUUGGCUGGAGAAGACGCUCUUAUUGUGAAACUGUGGUAUUUCAACAAUGUUUUCCUGUUUGUGACCAUGUGACUUCCUGUUGAUUGUGAUGAUGGAACAUUAAAGUGAAUCUGAUUGGCUGAAA